UUCAUGAAGCCGGGGGGCAACAGUUAAUUGAUAAGAAAUUGUUUGCCGUUCGCCAAUAUAAAUAUAUUAUAAUAUAAUAUAAGUGUAUUACAUGAUAAAUUGAUAAGAUUAUUGUUACCUACUAUUGCUAGUUGCUACUUUCAUCUGAACCGAUUCUGAAGUAUUUGAACAAUCAAUAGUCAUUUAUGAUUUAUACUUAAUAAUUUAAAACAAUUAGCAGAUAUUUUGAUAGUUAAGAUGUCUUCAAAUGUGAAACAUAUUAUUUUAGUGAUGUCUGGUAAAGGAGGAGUUGGUAAAUCAACUGUGAGCACUCAGUUGGCACUUGGAUUAGUAACUAAAGGAUAUCGGGUUGGCAUAUUAGACGUAGAUUUAUGUGGUCCUUCAAUACCAUAUUUAUUAAAACUAGAAAACCAAGAGGUACAUCAAUGUGAAGCUGGUUGGGUUCCAGUUUAUACGGAUGAGUCAAAAUCUUUAGGUGUCCUUUCAAUUGGAUUCUUGACCAAAUCCAGAAAUGACAGUGUUGUGUGGAGAGGACCAAAAAAGACUGCAUUCAUAAAACAAUUACUUUCUGAUGUUUUCUGGGAAGACGUUGAUUAUUUAAUUAUUGAUACACCACCAGGCACAUCUGAUGAACACAUUACAGUUAUGGAGAAUAUUAAAGAAACUCCAUGUGAUGGAGCAAUACUUGUGACGACUCCACAACAAAUUGCUUUGGAUGAUGUCAGAAAAGAGUUGUCAUUUUGUCGUAAAACUUGUAUUCCAAUACUAGGAAUAGUUGAGAACAUGAGUGGUUACGUUUGUCCUAAUUGUGCUGAGUGUACAAAUUUGUUUUCAUCCAACGGUGGAAAAUCUUUAGCUGAACAUUUCCAAGUUCCUUUUUUAGGAACUGUACCAAUAGAUCCAAGAGUAUCCUCCGAGACAUCAAAAUAUGUCGGUUUAACUCAUCCUGAAUCACAAAUAGCUGUAUCUUAUAACUCAAUUGUUGACCGUGUAAUAAAUCCAAACUGAUUAACCUAA